UGUCAGCUCCAGCACACUGCUUUGUAUGGCUCUGCAUAGCAGAGCCAAACAAAGCACUGCACUUACAGUGGAAAGCACAGGUACAGCUUACUGUGAAACAGCACACAGUUAACCCUUUGAUCGCCCCACAUGUUAUCCCCUUCCUGCCCCAUUCCAUUAGUACCAUGUCAGUGCUUUUUAUUAGCACUGAUCACUGUAUUGGUGUCACUGGGGAUGGCAGUGACACCAAGUCAGUUCCCCCCAGUGUCAGAACACCCGGCGCAGUCCCAAUAUAAGUCGCUGAUCACCUCCAUUACUAGAAAAAAAAUUCCAGUAUCCGUCAUUUGUACACGCUAUAACUUUCACGUAAACCAAUCAAUUUACACAUAUUGGGAUUUUUUUACAUUUUUUACUAGCAGU